AUGCCCUCCACCUCCGUGCCUGAGAAUCGCAAGGCCCGGAAACUCGACGAAGGUACCUUCGUUGCAUUUGGUCACGCCGCUGCUGGACAUGAUGGCGUGCUCUGCAAUCCUUCAGGGUCAUUGAUCGCAAAACCUUGCACUCCCCAAGAAAUUGAAUUCUACGAGUCUAGCCUCCACCAUCCUGGUUUCCAGCAAUUUAUGCCCAGAUUCAUUGGAACUCUGUCUAGCCCUACCGCUCCAGAUGUCCUAGAAAUCCCAAUAAGCGAAACCAGGACCUCCGUGGCUACUGCCGCCGUAGACCCUUUAGUGUCCUCGUCCUCCAGUACCGAUACGCCCGUGACUCCGGAGCUCAGUAGAACCUCUAAUCUUGUUACAGUACCGGUUCCCGUUGCCACGCAUAAAGAGCCAGAAUGGUUUCCUUCCCAGGGAAAGAAGAUCAACAGCAGUGUAUCGAUAGUCCUUGAGAACGUGGCAGCAGGUUUUAAGCGUCCAAGCGUCUUGGAUGUAAAACUUGGCGCCAGACUCUGGGCGGAUGAUGCUACACCUGCAAAGAGAGCUAAAUUGGAUCAGGUGUCACUGGAAACUACGAGUGCUGUGUUAGGAUUCCGCAUCGCCGGCAUGAAGAUAUGGGUUGGCGAGAAUGCGGAGAAGGAAGAAAAAGUGCUCGGAACUACGCAAACAAAAUCUCACGACAUCAUUAUAUCGAAACAAAUCGUGGUCGAGACCGUUGAUGGAUACAGACGAUAUGACAAAUGGUAUGGCCGCUCAUUCAACGCGGACAAUGUCAAGGAAGGCUUCAAGACAUUCCUCGCUGGCGCCAAGGCGGGUAAAGUCGAUCGGUCGAUAUUAAUUGCCAAUAGAAUAGCAGAAAGCUUACGCGCGAUGCAGGCAGUUCUUGAGGUGGAGGAAAGCAGAAUGUACUCCGCCAGCGUUUUGAUUGUCUACGAAGGGGAUCCAGAAGCGUUAGAGGAAGCUCUCGUCAAAGAAGCCGAUACCAAAGCCCAAGGAAAUAAUGAUAGCAAAGCCGACGACCGACUGGAAUCGGAAUCGGAAUCGGAAUCGGAAUCGGAAUACGAUGUAGAGUUGCCUGAAGGGUCCUCAACCUUGCAGAUCGUCGAUGUGAAGGUGGAUGGAGAAUCGAUCACUCAAAGCGGAAUUAAACUCGAUAUCAGCCCUAACAACCUUGGGGAUAUUGAUUUCGACAUCGAAGGCGGCGAGGAUGAAGACGAAGACGAGGACGAAAUACCACAUAAGGUCCAUGAUAUCCGCUUAAUCGAUUUUGCGCAUGCACAAUGGACUCCUGGGCAGGGCCCCGAUGAAAACGCAGUACUCGGCAUUCGAAAUUUGGUCAGCAUCAUGGAUGAGCUUGCAGAAGCUUAG